CGCGCAUUGUCACUAGUUGGUUGAAUACAUUUAAUACGUGUGAACCUGUUUGAUAAGUACAUUGAAAAUAUAGUUUAAAGGUCACACAUUUUACGUAGAAUGGCAGGACCUUUUCUCACGCCGAUGCAUGGUGAUUUGCUAACUGAGUAUAUGUUUGGCAGACGUCGACAAAGGCGCAAUCGUACAACAUUUACUCCUCAGCAGUUGCAGGAGUUAGAACAGUUGUUUCAAAAAACACAUUAUCCCGAUGUAUUUCUUCGUGAAGAGAUUGCAUUGCGCAUAAGUUUAAGUGAAGCACGUGUUUCAGGUAAGGUUUGGUUUCAGAAUCGUAGAGCUAAAUGGAGAAAACAUGCGCGUUUGCAAUUACUGCAAGAUGCAUGGCGAAUGCGUUGUUUGGGGAUUGGAACUACACAAAUAACCAUUGAUUCUCAUGCAGCUUCCGAUAAUAUACACAACGGAUCUUUGAAAUGUUCUUCGAACUUAUCGUCUUCAUCAAAUCAUGUACCGUUAAAUUUGAAAGAUUCCGCAUUUACUUCGCAAAGCGACAGAAAGUCAUGCAUUCCAGUAUGUUGCAAAACAGGCUCACUCAAAAUACCUGUUGAAAGUAGUAACUUGAUUUCAGGUUCCAAAUUAUUUCCACGAAAGAAGGAGGUUAGUGGUCGUAACAUAUAUGAUUUAAAAGAUCAAGAUAAUAAUAUUCUAAUGACUUCACAAGAAUCAGAGCGACGAAUAAUUUUUCAACCAUCAAUUAUUGGUAUAAAUUCUUCUGAUUCUAAUUCAAGCUAUACGUCUAUUCCAACAGAAGAGAUAGACCUUGCUAAUAACGUAGGGUGCAUAGAUUAUUCAUGUACUAAUGACAAUAAAAAGUAAAUCCGCAUAACUAUACCAACAAUGUUUGA